AUGCAGCAUGGAAUACGCCUUCCAGUUGGCCCUCAUCCGAACUGGGAACUGGACAACUGUAGCCCAAAGGCGCGUUCGUUGCUCUACCGGCGACGCUUUACAAAAGUUGACUAUGUCUUUGCGUUGAAGCAAAUUUUAUGUGUAGCGCGACAAAAAUGGCUUUCGACCGCCUUCCCCAAAUUCUCCACAAAGGCUCGUGGCAACAAAGCUCCUGAAGUCGUCCCGCCCCCGCAUACAAUCAAGGCACAUGGAAGAUAUGAUUUGACUAUAGGUCCACAUGUCUUCUCAAAUACCGCAUUUUAUGAGGUUCAUUAUUUGGUCCGGUCCCCAAAUCCUACACCUCCCUCUGCUCCGCCACACUCCAGCCAGCCGGCACUGGCAUCCACUUCAUUUAGCGGAGCACAAAAUACAUCGUACUCUCAGCUCUCUACGACCUCUAUAGCAGUGUCUGCAUUGACUGGGCAAGGCACUCCUAGCGCUGGGGUCGGGCACGUAGCUGUUGUGACACCAGAUCUAGUGUCGCAAGUCAACAUCGCUUCAAUGUCGAAUCCUACUCUGAAGAAUCUUCUUCAUCUUGCAUCAUCAGGACGCGCAACACCCGAUCAACUGAAAACACUAGGUCUCCUCAUUCAGUCGUUAGGUGCCAUACAGCAGCCGGAAAGAAUCCCAGACUCGCAAUCCUCUACCCUCACAUUGCAAUCCCCUGCGGCUUCCAUACCCGAGAGAGAAUUUGACAUCGUGAUCGAAUUCCAGGAGAAAUCGUCUGAUAGAUGGGUAAUUCCUCGUGGACCAGUUGUAUGUGAGAGAAGCCCAGCCGAUUUUUAUAAUCCUUCAGACGUAACAUUGUCAAUGGUUCUACCUUUUGUUCGGCCGUCGCUUUCCGAUAGUGGAGCAUCUAGUACGGAUGUCUCUCAGCUUGCUCAGCCUUACGUUGUCACGUUCCGCUUGUCAAAGGUGGCACCAAUGCUAUGGAAGACGCUGUGGGCAUGGUCUGGUGGCGAUCAAGAUAAAAGUAAGACCACGCUGGAUGAAAUAGCGAGGAGUAAUAUGGAAAGGCGCCAGUUUCUACAGUAUAGACUGCCUGAUGGCCCACUUUUCCAACAAAUCCAAGCGGGGGUAGCACCACCAUACAGCACAAGGACUAUUGUGCCAAGCGGUGGAAAUACAACAAGGACUAGACGAAGACAGUCCUCUCGUAAAGGGGGUGAGCAAGUAGUGCGAACCCAAGUGGUCGAGACUGGCGCUGUUUCCAAACGGAAACAACAGGUCUCACCAAAAGUCAUGACCCCCCUUCCCAUAGCAUGUCGUGCCUGCGGACAGACGGAUGUUCCACUAAUGAUGGGUGGCAGAUAUUGCCGAAUUUGCAUCGAAGCUGGCAGAGCGGUAGACGACAUCCCUCAGGUCACUAUCGGUGGCCGGGGUCCUAGGAUCAAGGAAGUUAGCGUGAUUCCGGUAUUGAGUGAGAGACCAAGCGCAUCUCCGAAAGAGAGCAAAACUCCAACAGCAUACCCUACCGUCGGUGGGACGGGUUCCGCAACUGUCGCCAGUCCUUACAUCGUACCGAAUCAGGCCUCAUUAGCUGCUGAACCAGGAGGAGCUAGAUAA